AUGGCCAAAUCCCGAACCAAGAAGCGCACCCAUGUGGGUGCCACGAACCCCAAGCACCAGGCCGCCGCUCCGGCAGGUCGCUCAGCCAUACAAGAUCCCAAGAGUAUGGUAAUUCGUAUUGGUGCCGGCGAGGUUGGCUCCAGUGUCAGUCAGCUGGCGAAAGACGUCCGUCAGGUCAUGGAACCCGGAACCGCCAGCCGUCUGAAGGAGCGUCGCGCAAACCGCCUGCGCGACUAUGUCACCAUGACAGGUCCAUUGGGUGUCACACAUCUCAUGCUGUUCUCGAGAUCCGACUCCGGCAACACGAAUCUGCGCGUAUGCACCACUCCGAGAGGACCGACGCUUCACUUUCGUGUCGAGAAAUACUCCCUCUGCAAGGACGUGCGCCGUGCUCAAAGGCAUCCCAAAGGAGGAGGCAAGGAAUACACCACGCCGCCGUUGCUGAUUAUGAACAACAUUUCUACCCCUGGCGCAGACGCCAACUCGAAAGUUCCCAAACACCUCGAAUCCCUCACAACGACCGUCUUUCAGUCACUAUUCCCCCGGAUCAACCCUCAGACAACGCCUCUUAGGUCGAUACGCAGGAUCCUCCUCCUCAACAGAGAGCCAGCCUCCGAUAAAGACGAUGGUUCAUUCGUGAUGAAUUUCCGACACUACGCUAUUGUGACCAAACCUGCCGGGGUUUCCAAGCCGCUUAGAAGACUCAAUGCUGCUGAGAAGUUACUCAACUCGAAGAACCGCAAAGGCGGGGUGCCGAAUCUUGGCAAGCUCGAGGAUAUCGCUGACUAUAUGAUUGGUGGUGAGGAUGGCGAGGGCUACAUGACUGACGGCACGAGCGGGAGUGAGAUGGACACAGAUGCCGAAGUUGAAGUACUCGAAGACGCGCCCCGGAAAGUACUCUCAAGCAAGGCCCGCGCUGCUAUGCGCGAGAAUGGGGACAAGCCAGCGGAUGACGACGAGAAGGUCGAGCGGCGACGCGUUACCCUCGUCGAGCUAGGACCUCGCAUGAAGCUACGCAUGACCAAGGUGGAGGAGGGCUUGUGUUCGGGCAAGGUGAUGUGGCAUGAACACAUCCACAAGUCGAGGCAGGAGAUACAAGCACUCGAAAAGCGGUGGGAAUCGCGCCAAAAGGAAAAGGAAGAAAGGAGAAAGCAACAAAAGGCCAAUGUCGAGAAGAAACAGAAAGAGCGGGCCGCAACCGGCGCUAAGGGCGGCAAAGACGGUGGAGACGAAGUCGAGGAUGUUGAGUUGAACGGCAACAAUAGCGAUCUCUUUGAUGAGAUGAUGGAGGACGACGAUGACGAAUUCGACAGCGAGGGAUUGGCUGGUGACGCUGAAGAAGCUGUCAAUGAAGGGAUGGACGAGGACGAGUGGGAAGAUGAAAAGGCAGAGAUCGCAGGCUCAUGA